AUGGCCCUGAAUUUGAAAAGGAACUUUCGAAACGUUCCUAUUUCAGACGCUACACCUGUCGCUAUCGUCUCCGUCGUCUUCACCGCCCUUUCGCUAAUUUGCCUGAUACUUGUCUUCGUCGUCUACUGCGUCUUCGAAUCGUUAAGGAUGUACGUUAAAAUGUCCUCGUUGACUGGUUUUACCUGGUUAAUUGGGUUUAUAGCUAUUAUUACCCAGUCUGAACCACUUAUAUACAUUUUUAUUGUUAUCAACGCAAGUCAAGGAGGUUUUCUUUUUCUUUCCUUUGUUUGCAAUGCUCGAGUUUUUGAACUUAUCAAAGGGUAA